CUUCUCAACCCUCCCCCAUCCUGGGCUCUCUUUCACAGUCUCUCCCUGGCUCUCGGCCUCAGUAGGAUUUUCCCAGCUUGCGAUGUGAGGAAGCCUGAGAAACUCAUUUCGAAAGCUUCUGUAAUCGCCUUCUAAGAUUGAGAUCCGUGAUUCUUCCCCACUGCCGACCCCACGGCCUCCUUCUCUCCCCUAGAUUACAACCACAGUCCCACCAACGCGUCCCUAUCUCUCUUCUCCCAAUCCCUUACAUCCCCGGAGGAGGACCGAAAGCAGGCGGAGACAAUGACAGAACCUGAGAAGCGGAGACUCUGCGCUGCAAAGAUGUGAAAACAAAAUAAUUUAAUCUUAACAAAAAUGCUUCUGAGCCAGUGGACUUUAUUUAUUGGAUUACUAUUUUUCUUUCCCCAGGAGUCCAUCUGCCUUAGCUCUUCAUGCACUUCAUUGGAAAUGCCAGUGAAGGAUGACAUUUUAAUGAUGACAUCUCAUAAUUUUCAGCACAUUUUGUCUUGGAAUUUAAGCAGCAAUGCCAUUAUACCAACUCACUAUACUGUGUCUUACAUAAUUAUGAGUGCUAACAUAGAUUGGAAGGCUGUUGAAAAGUGCACAAAUAUCACAAAAUCAUCAUGUAACAUGACAGAUAUUUAUGAAAUCCAUGAAACCUACCUUACCAGUGUAACAGGCUUCAAUUCAAAGGAAAAAUUAUUUGAAUGUGUGUUUGAAUUCUUACCCAUAACUGACACAAUUAUAGAUCCACCAGAAGUUAGCGUUUUUUAUUUGAAGGAUGCCAUCAAUGUCACUGUGCAUUUUCCAGAAUCCUUAUCUGAGAUAAAGAAUAAAGAAAAAGAACUUUUUUCAUUAGUAAUCAUUAAAGUGAAGUCGCAUGACAUGUCAGAAGAAGAAUUACGCAUUGAAAUGGAUGACAGAGAAAAUGUAACUAUUGUAAUUGACCCUCCGAUUCCAAAUUCAAAUUACUGUAUAUCUGCUCAGUGGGAGACAUUUUCUAAUAAUGUACCACAAUCUCCCUUAAAAUGUUUCAUGCUUUCUCCUAACCAAGAAUCAGAUUCAGAAGAAAUCAUUGCAAUACCGUUAAUAUUUGCUGCAUGUUUUAUCAUCUUCCCAAUAAUAAUUUUUGUGAUAUUUCUGAAAAAAACAGAAUAUAUAUGCAAGAAAAAAAAACAUUUUCCCAAAGCAUUGAUGAGGAAAUUGAGGUAUACAAGAUCAAGGAACUUAUUCAAGGUUACUUUGGAUUUUCCACCUGAUAUACCUGGUCCACUUCAAUUGCCUUAUGAGAAGGUUACAAGGGCAGACAUCAUUGAAAAGACAAAGAAGAAAAAAAUAUUUAAUAAGAGUGAUGACAAAAGUGACAGUGAUAGUGAAUCAACUCAGAAAGUAGAAAGUAACUAUACCAUGAAUGGCUUUAGCCCUAGAUCCCUAAGUCAGAACUCCAAAUUCACCUGGAAAGAAUAUAAUUUCACUGAUUCUGACCCAGAUGAAGCUGAAAGUCCAGAGUUUGAUCCUCCCCUGGCUGACACAGAUAGUGCCACAUCAUAUCAAGUAAAAUCUGGCCCAGAUGAAAGUAGAAUAUGCCGUAUCUGGAGCAAUCUUUCUGAAGAUAGUAACUUUUCUUCUAAGUCAGAAGACUGUUUUAAUUUUAAUGUGAAUUUAAGUACUGUGUUCGUGGGAGACCCUGAAAAUGAUACAAUAUCUGAAGAAGAUGCUGCUCAAAUAUUAUUGCCUGUGCAAGAAGAAAAAAUCAAUUUAGUGAAUUCAGAUGAAACUGAAUUAAAACAUAUACCUCAUGCUACAUGUGUAAAAACACCACUUUUCCAUGUCCCAUCUAAAGAUUUCUGGUCUGAAAAUGCUUCCUCUGAUGAAAGUGUUACUUCAGAGUCAGAAGUGGACUUAGGGAAUGAUUAUAUAAGAAGAUAACUCCUAACAAGUUAAACUCAUAGGCAAUCAUGAAUAUAAGAUGAUAUCUUAUUGUUUGUGUGUGGUUUUGUGUGUGUGUGUGUGUGUGUGUGUGUGUGAGUGUCUUUCUCCAUGUCUCUCUUCUCUGUCACUAGUUAUAUGUGGUCCCAAAGACUCAAGGGAAAAUGAAGGAGAUCAGACAAUGUGUACAACUCUCAUUGUAAAAAUAAAAUAUGUAAACUAUAUGUAUAGGGUGAUGUGAAACAAAUUUUUUAUGAGUAACACUGUAUAACAUAUGUAUAACACAUAACAUUUAUAUAUAUAUGUGUAGUAUUUUAAUGUAUAUUGUGUAAAUAAUUUAAAGUGAAAGUGCUCUAUAUUAAAUUACUUUUACUAGACUCGAAA